CGGUGGCGCGACGCCUCCAGCAGCAACAGCAGUGAGUGUGGUCUGUGCACCCCUUUACCGCCUGCUGGUGCCGGCUCCAAGCCUGAACCCUGUCUUACAUACGCCUACCACCGACAUGACCUCCACCUGCACCAACACUACUCGGGAAAGCAACAGCAGCCACACGUGCAUCCCAUUUUCCAAAAUGCCCAUCAGCCUGGCUCACGGCAUCAUCCGCUCGAGCGUGCUGCUCAUCUUUCUCACUGCUUCAUUCAUUGGCAACAUAGUGCUAGCACUCGUGUUGCAGCGCAAGCCUCAGCUGCUGCAGGUGACCAACCGCUUCAUCUUUAACCUCCUCAUCACUGACCUGCUGCAAGUUUCACUCGUGGCCCCCUGGGUAGUGGCCAUUUCUGUGCCUCUCUUCUGGCCCCUCAACAGCCACUUCUGUACUGCCCUGGUUAGCCUCACUCACCUGUUCGCCUUUGCCAGUGUCAACACCAUCGUUGUAGUGUCAGUGGAUCGCUACCUGUCUAUCAUCCACCCACUCUCCUACCCAGCCAAAAUGACCCCACGCCGGGGUUACAUGCUCCUCUAUGGCACCUGGAUCUUGGCCAUCCUGCAGAGCACACCCCCACUCUAUGGCUGGGGUCAGGCUGCCUUUGAUGAGCAUAAUGCCCUCUGCUCCAUGAUCUGGGGGGCCAGCCCCAGCUACACCAUUCUCAGUGUGGUGUCCUUUAUCAUCAUUCCACUGGCUGUCAUGAUUGCCUGCUACUCUGUGGUGUUUGGUGCAGCCCGGCGUCAGCAUGCUCUUCUAUACAACGUCAAGAGCCACAGCUUGAAGGUUCGGGCCAAGGACUGUGUGGAGAAUGAGGACGAAGAGGGAGAGAAGAAAGAUAAGUUCCAGGGUGAGAGUAAGUUCCACAGCCAGAAUGAAGGUGAGAUCAAGGUGAAGGAGGGCAGUGUGGAGGCCGAAGAGGGCAGCAUGGAAGCCAAGGAAGGGAGCAUGGAGGCCAAGGGCAGCAAGGAGGUCAGAGAAAGCAGCUUCAUAGCCAACGAUGGCAGCAUGGAGGGUAAAGAAGGUGAUACCAAAACUGAGAGCAGCAUGCAAGCAGGCAGCAGUCACAUAGAGGUCAACCAGUGCAACAUUGACUUGGGUGAAGAUGACAUGGACUUUGAUGAGGACAACAUCAAUUUCAGUGAGGAUGACAUCGAAGCAGUGAACAUCCCAGAGAGUCUCCCACCAAGUCGUCGAAACAGCAACAAUGACCUUCCUCUGCCCAGGUGCUACCAGUGCAAAGCUGCUAAAGUGAUCUUCCUCAUCAUUUUCUCCUACGUGCUAUCCCUGGGGCCCUACUGCUUUCUAGCGGUCCUAGCUGUGUGGGUGGAUAUCCAAACCAAGGUACCCCAGUGGGUGAUCACCAUAAUAAUCUGGCUUUUCUUCCUGCAGUGCUGCAUCCACCCCUACAUCUAUGGGUACAUGCACAAGACCAUCAAGAAGGAAAUUCAGGAUAUGCUGAAGAAGUUCUUCUGCAAGGAAAAGCCCCCAAAAGAAGAUAGCCACCCAGACCUUCCUGGAACCGAAGCUGGCACAGAGAAUGGGACUGAAGGCAAGGCUGUCCCUUCUCACAAUUCUGCCACUUCUCCUUGAAGUGGGUUCUAAGGCAAACCUUGAACUGCCUACAGUACAGAAAACAGGAACAGAUUUCUUUUCAAUGGAUCAUUCACAAUCCCAUUAACA